UGUCGGUCGGCACCAACUGCGAGUGUAGUGAACAGUGAGCGCCAGUCCCCCAACCCUGGGUUGAUUGGCCUACGGUCACAGACCGAUGCUCCGCAUAGACUAAGCAGGACUGGCGGAAUCGCGCUCUCCCGCCAGCCGUCUCCUGGUCGCGGAGACGCAAAUAUGGCGUUGUCAUGAGCGGAGCAAAAUAUUGUUGUGUCCUGGUGAGCGCCGACCGUGCCCCGAGUCCGAAGAGAGCCCGCUGCCGCGAGCCCGCAGCUCGCAGUGCCCCGGCCAGGCAGAGGUCCACCCGGGCUGCCCCCGACACCCACGACUGCUGCUGCUGCUGCUGCUGUUUAGAACGAACUAAAAACUAAGCGGAACGACGGACUUCGUUCGAGAACCGCUACGACUGCCAAUACAGCUAGCAGCAAUUCCCACCAGCCAAGAGCCAUCGAAAGUACCCCCGCCGCCGGAAUACCUCACGUGUGAGAGUGCUUAGCAGAAGCUGCAGCUACAGCAGUUGUUGUAGCAGCCAUUGCGGCAACAGCAGCAGAGGAUUACGUACAGGAGAACCGCGAGCAAUAGCAUCUCACCAGUUAGCCAACAAAACAGUAAAAAGCAGCCUCAACAGCAGCUUCGAUCGCGAUGGCUGAGGAUCGGUGGACCACGAUACGUUGUUAGCAGUGUGGGCAGACCCACUUGCGCAACGUUUUAUAUCCGACAAGCUCCGAGCAGCAGCGUUCUGGUGUGAGUUGGACUUGUAAGGCCGGCCGAAAUAUGAAGUGCAACGGUACGGAAAACACCGUUGAAGGCGAACAACCUCCUCCGGCGGCCUCAAAUGACGUCCCGUGUGAAAAGGGCACAACGUCGAACGGGUCCAAGGAGCCAAGUCCAUCGCCCCACGCCAAAGCAUCACCGAGCCUCAACGAUAGCCUCGGGCAGGCGCUUGACGCUGCUGCGAACGGAGGAUCUAGCAAUGACCCCAAUCAGACGCCAAAGGUUGAACCGAAGCUUGAAAGUUCACGACCAGGUUCGGCAUGUCCCGAGGGGCCUGGAGGCCCUGGUGCUGACUCUCCCUGGGGAGGAAUGGCCAUGCCGCAUAAACAAGAAUACCCGUCCACAUCCACGCCUGGGGGUAGUCAGACAACGCCGUCCAAUGGGCCUCCAGGUCCCCCUCAGGGGCCCUCUCAAUCGUUUGUGUUCACAACUGUCAUGGCAAACCAGGCCGCCGAAGCUGUGCUUACCGGCCACUUCGCUUCGAUUGUUCAAUUUCAUAUUGCGCAGCCGGGCACAAGGCGUAUGCUUGAACAACGGAGAGCUAUGUUGAAUAUGGGCCCAGGAGGACCAAGUGGCCCUGGUUGGGGUCCACCCGGGCCAAAUAUUAGUGGUCCAGGUGGUAAUGGGCCGGGUCCGAACCAGCCUGGCUGUAUGAACAAUCACUUUCCUCCAGGACAGUUCCAAGGGUCACCGAACGGAGCGCCGUUUGGACCAGGCUGCCCGAACGGACCCAGAGGAAUGGGUCCCAUGGGUCCGGGAGGGCCGAUGGGCUCGAAUUCGCCAAUGGGAGGACCCCCUCAAAUGAGCGGUCCUGGGGGUCCAAUGGGACCUGGAGGACCGCCAAUAGGUGCUGGUCCAAGUCUAGGAGGACGGAGUAUGCCCGGUGUUAAGAUACCCGACGAGAACCUUACGCCACAACAGCGGCAGCAUAGAGAGGAGCAGUUGGCCACGUUACAAAAAAUGCGCCAAAUGUUCCAAUUGGGAUCUGAAAAUCACCCGCAGCAACCCAGUGGAUCCGGUGGACCCUCAGGGGGUCCAAGUGGGCCAGGUGCACCAGGUGGACCUGGUCCGCGCGGCAUGAUGCCCCCGCAUGGCCAACAUCCCGGCCAUCCGAACAUGCCGCCAGGCGCUCAUCCCAUGGGCCCAGGAGGACCUUGUCCGACAAUGGGGCCUAAUGGACCCUAUGGGCCUGGCGGUGUCCCGCCAAUGGGCGCCCCCAAAGGACCCCGUGGACAAUUUACACCCAACCACCGACAGACAGGGCCCGGUGGACCCCCUUCUCAGGGAUCGCAAUAUAAUUUCAGGCCACCGGAUCAACCGCGGCCUAUGAGCCCGGCAAUGAUGGGUCACCCGCAGAGUCCAUACGGAGGUCCGAUGGGUGGUCCUGGAGGACCCGGUGGUCCGUCGCCCGAUCCCUCACAAAUGGGUGGACCCAUGGGAGGUUUUAAGCCGUCGACGUCACCUCAGUUGCCUCCUCAACCCGCUAUAUCUCCGCACCUCAACCCUGGCGGUGGAGGCCCAGGAAAAGCCGGGAAGACAGGUCCAAGUGGCAAUCCAAUGUCGCCAGUCGAUAUGCCCGGUGGCAUGAUGUCCUCCCCUCAACACCUUGGUUUCAAUACUAUGGAUGGUGGUCCUCAACCGCCGCAAGUUAGUGGACCUGGCGGGCCGACGGGCGCAUCUCAGUCCGAUAAUAUGAUGCCCAACGAUCCGUUAGCGUCGUUAGAAAAUUUUGAUAGCAAUGGUAUGAGUCACCCAGGAGGCCCAAUGGGGGGUCCGUCGCCGGGUCCUGGCGGAAGGAUGGGGGGGCCACCUGUCUCUAGCGGACCAGGCGGGUCACCAUACGGUGGACCUAUGGGGCCCGGUGGUCCGGGCGGCCCUCCAGGAGGUCCGCGGGGUCGCACCAACGUUCAAGUACGACCGGAUGCGCCAAAUACGAUUCAGUAUCUCCCCGCCAGGAGCCAGGGACCUGGACAACACCCAGGAGGACCUAUGCAUAAUCCUCAGCAUCAGCGACCACCAAGCUUAGACUUCUUACAAAGAUAUACUCGACCUCAGGAUAUGAAUAACAUGAAGGGAAUGCCACCCGGCGGACCCGGAGGCCCUAUGGGCGGAGCAAUGGGGCCGAUGGGUCCAGGUGGGACUCCAAUAAGCGGUUCUGGAAUGGCAAUGGGAAAUGGCCCCAUGGGCGUUGCGGGACCAGGACCGCAAGGAGGUCCUGGAGGUCCAAUAGGACCCGGAGGACCAAUGGGUAAUGGCCCAGGUGGUCCUGGCGGACAUCCCGGUGGCCCGAUGCAAUAUUACCCUGAUCAACAACAACCACAGGCCGGACCGGGACCAAUGGGAGGACCCUUUAACGGGCCACCAGGUCCAGGUGGCCCUGGUGGACCUGGUCAGAACAAACCUUUCUAUGGAGGGCCCAUGACUACUGAUCCCAAUUAUGCUGCACAGUUCCACAACUUUCAACAGCAGCUUUACGCUACCAAUACAACGAAGGGCCUUAAGUAAAUUCGCUAGCCAGCUGGUAGUGUCCCCCAAAACAACAAAAACAAAAGCUCCCGUUGAGUUAAGCUGCUGGAUUUUUCUGCUCGAAACGAAUCAUUUAAUGGUUGCAUCGGUCUUACGACCAUGAUCUUUUCCUCAUUCAGAACUAUAGCACUCUUCAGAACAUUCUCGAGAGUUUCAGUUUUGGUCGUCGAUGAGAGAAUGGAUAGCGCAACUUCAGCCGAUACCGGAAGACAAUGAAUGAAAGCCAUAGCCGACGGAGGUUGCAGCACCAGCAAGCAAACACGUGAUGGGUUCAGUCUACUCAAAAUAAUUUCCUGUACAUUACGGCAAAGUUUUCGCUUUAUUCUGCGUCAGGACUGCGCCGUCUGUAAAAAAAAACAAACAACAAAAGGGAGAGAACAAAAUUCGUAACGUAAGAGAAGAUAUAGUGUGGUUGGUGGUGGAUAAACAAAGUGAAAAGUGUAGCUGAAUGGUGAAGUGGUGACGUGAUCAUAAUGAAAAAAGGGAAGGGUGAACCAAGUUGCUCAAGUUGUGUCUCAUGGAUGAUGAUGAUGAUAGGCGAGAGAUGUGGCUGUAUUAUGGGCGUAUAAGUACUACAUACAUAUUACAGUGUGUUCCAUUGUGUCCCCCUUCCGCUGUUGAUCCAUCCAUAGAAGUAUGUGCGUGUAUCAAGUUUAAACCGAGAAAAGCAGAGAGCGAGAUAGAGAGAGAUGUGGAGAGAGCAGAGCUAGAGAAAACCGUUAGAAUAUCUUGAAGGUUGGCGGCAACUGAAACAAUGCCAUACCAAGGCGAGAACAUACCACGACACUACAACUAGGUUAGGGUCUAUGACACAGAUCGCCGAUAUUAAGCAGAUAACCAAGACCACUGUGCAAGGAGGUUUCGGGGAAUGCGAACCGUCACAUGUGUACCCCUUGCGCCAAAAUGCAAGUCGGACUUUAACAAUGACGACUGAAGUAGGCAAGGAAGGGGGAAAUGGAACUUCGUGUAUUAUCAUAAAUGAAGAGAAGGUCGUCGUGAGUGAGGUCAACGGUUGGCCACCACUGCUAAACGGGUCAGAUCGUUAGUGGAGCGGUGAAGCUAUGCCGACUCUGCCCUUCAGGGCUGUACAGAACAAAACUGCGAUAUUCUAAUUAUUAUUACUCUUUGCAGUAGCAACUGAGAUACAGAAAGACGGAAAGAAAGUAACGAACUGAUGAAGAAGACGAGGAGUAUGCUGAUACUAAUAUUAUUAUAAUAAAUAUUAAGGAUGAUAGACUGAAAGGACGCGAGAGAAAGAAAGGAAACGAAAUCUAUAACAUUGAUCUAGCAAAAGUAUAGGGUAACAGGGAGAUUAUUAUAAAUAAGAAAUAAGUAAAAUGAAAUGAUGAAAUAAGAUGAAACAAUAUAACUAGAUAAAAGGAUAAAAGAAAGAACAAGGGAGGAAUAAGCGAAUAAUGAGAAGCUGAUUAAGCUAUUGAGAGCUAUGUACAGAUAAUAACGAGAUGAUAAUAAUAUUGACAUUAUUGAGAUGAAGAAGAGAAAUGCUUGCUACAGACAUUUACGUAAAGCAAGAUAAUUAUGUGCAGAUGUGAGAAAAACAAAGCGAAAAAAUUUGUGAAAGUUAUGCGGACGAUGACGACGCAACGGUGAAUGGGCGCUACGAACGAAUAUCGCGACAAUGACGGCGAAGGACGAGCUGGGAAUCUAUAAGGCCUAAAAUGUUAAUUAUAACGAGAUAAUUACAUUAUGAAUGAUAAAUCAUGAUGACGGUGGUGGUGACCAUAACGAUGUGAAAUAGAAAUUCUUAAAAAUCACAGCGAUAUGCGAGCAAGUGAGGAAGAGACAGGGGAACAAAAAAAAAAGAUAAAAUGAUGAGUAAAUGUGUGGAGAAAAAGCGAGCUUGAUACAAAAGGAAGCAACCUAGUGAAUUUGUGAGAUACGAACGUGCCGAGUAAGAGCAGUGAAACGGGUAAGACAGCUCGAUUAUUUAUGGUCGCAUAGACGAACAUACCCUUUAAGUAGCACUCUCAGUUUCCCCACACUUUGCUUUAAUCAUUAUCGUGCAAGAAUUCGACCAGACUAAAUCCUUCCGGGGGACGCCUUUGACUACGGUACUCGGAUAAGAAAUAGAAAACGUUGCAAGCUCGUUGACUGAAAUUCAACCCAAACCAAAUUACUAAUGAGAAAUGAUAGUGCUAUGGAUACCAGUAGCGCCUUUGGCUAACACACAAGAUCCUUUGGUUCACAUUGCAGACACAUGUGUGUAGAAUAAUGAAACAAAUAUGCGAAUAUUUUCAUGAUGAUAGAUUUAAGUCUAAUUUAAAGUGGAUAGCAUCAAUAAUUGUAAUUUUAUUAACACGUGAAAUAUUACAUGGUAACGAAGUCGUAUCACGCGAGUCUAUAAAAAAAAAAAAAAGGAAACAUACAUAUUCCUUGCUUUUAUUUUUGUAUUGUUCGAACGACCUCCAUGGGUAACGUUGAUCGAUGGUGGUCUCUUUUGAAUUUAAAUAUUCUGCCAUGUGGACAAAUUAAUUUCUAUUGGUCGAUCUAGGUAGCUUACCUCUUUUUUGUUUUCCGUUUCUUAGCUGAUUCAUUCUCACUAAAUACCGUCCAACAUUUAUUUGGGUAACCAUAACUGGUGUAUUUGUGUAAGUUUGUAACAUGUUGGCUACCUUGCCUUUGUAAACUACAAACAAAAUGGAAUACCGAACGGACAGUGGUGGUUCUGAACGACAGAAGAAACAACACCUACAACAACAAAAGUACUGACAACUAAUCUAUUUCCUGUGCAAGUUAUCAUUUUCUUUAAUUUUUAUUUGUUUUUUUAUCAAUUUGUUAUUUUUGUUUUGCCAAGAGCAAAGCGAGCUCUGCUGGUUUCCAGUGGUGUAAGGCGAAGAUCUCAGGUUGUGAUUUAAGUUCGAAGUGACUACGGCGAUGCCGACGUAGACAAUAGCGAUAUUAACGCCUGACAACGACAAAUUCUUGUCUCUCUUCCUUUGCUGUGUCCUUUUGCGUAAUUUAGUACGUUUUAGUGAAGUCCUUAUUAAUGACAAAAAUCACAAUUGAAGCCCAUCUGGCUGACGGUUUCACGCUUUAUAAAUCUAUUUGAUUAUCAGACAUUAGCUGGAUUGUCUUUUUUUUAGGCAAUCUCAUAGCUAUUGUGCGUUACACUGAUUUUUAUUACCUGAAUUGGUAGAGGCAAGGCAAAGAUAAAUUCGACAGUUAAUACUAAAUUGCCAAUAUCGAACCAGUCAACGACCAGCAUAGGGAAAAACGGCGGGUCUCGUAUCCUAGGUAGUCUCAUAUAGGACUGUCGACAUGUAUAUGGCAUAAUUUCUUUAUUGAAGAGAGAAGAGAGAUUAAGGUCUUGCGCAAAAAAAUAUUUUUAAGCAGUUUCUCGGCUGCGAAUGAAGUUGAUGUCAACGGGGUUGGGGCGGGUAUUUUUCGUGUAACUGUGGCCGUAUGUGUCGUAUUUAAGAGGUUAGUUUGUUAUUUUUAGGCAGAAUGUCAAAUGUAAAAUGGUUAAUGAAUGCGUAUUUCAAUGAUAACAAAAAAAAUCAGCAGCAGCAGAAAAAGCAUACGCCGCACCGCUAUCGAACGGGUCUUGCACUACGAAGUAAUUGUAAAAGUCGCUGUUGUAGAUAAAAAGAGCGUCUAGACGCCUGUCUGUGUGAGUAUGUGCGUGGGAUAGGGAGUCCUUCGGGGAACGGCUAUAAGCGCGUCCGAAGCAGCAGCUGAGCAUAUCGUGAUCUCUAUACUGAGAAAAAGCAUGCAUUUUUUUUGUUUAGCUUAACAUGUUUUCCACAAGAAAAGAAUAGAAGCCGAGAAAAUAUUCAUAUAUUGAUUGCGAAUACGGAUUUCGAUAGGAACAUCUCGACUUACAAUUAAAAAAAACUAUAAAAUCGACAGAAGUCUACUAUCCGUUUUCACUAUUAAGAAACAUCAAGGAUUACAUUAUAGCUUACGCCGUGCGUCGCCGAGAAAAAUUAUAGAGAGAAAGAGAAGGAAAUAGAGACAUUUCCCGCUGGUCUGCGUUGUUUUUUUGUGUGUUUCUGCGUGUUUCAGUGAACAUGUACCACGUACCUAACUUUUGUAGUAGUAUUUAUUAUUGAUACAAUUAUUGUUCUUCGUAUGACUAUACAAUGUUCUACUCGCAGAAAAGAGCUGUAUUUGUAUUUUUUUGAAUGUGUACUUUGUGCUUCCAUUGAUCAUUAAUCUAUCCUCCACACAGGCUUUUAAUUUUCCUAUAUUUCAAUGUUUUGGGAUGUCUCUUCUUCUCCAAAAGCACCGUCAUUCAGCCGGUCUGAGUCCGUCGGAGUUUCCAUUUCACGAAAUGAAAAAACGAGAAAGAUAAAAGGAAAAGAAAGAACGAAGAUGAUCAUCACGCUCUUGUUUGUAAAUA